AUGUCGGCCGAUAAUGAAAAUUCUACUGCUCUUUAUAAUCUUGGUGAAAUAUAUUUAAAUGGUAGGAUAGGUUUUGAAAAGGAUCAACAAAAGGGCAUUCAAUAUUUAAAAUUGGCUGCCUUGAAAGGACACUCAAAAGCAAAAGAGAUUUUGAAAAACAAUGAUUUUGAUUUAUUUUGUCAAGAAAUAGAAUCCGAAUUUAAUCGAUUAAAUAUCUCUUCUGAUGAUUCUAAUCCAAUAAAUCUAAACUGUACCUAUUGUAAAAAGCCAUUUGCUGAAGAAUUAUGGUGUAAAGAGUGUGACCCAUAUAAGACGAAUGAUGAAAGUUGGAAAAGAUUGGAUUCUGAACCCAUGGAAGUCGUUUUGAAAAGGUUAAAUGGAUCACAGAAUGUGUCAACUGAAUUUCUUCAUGAGCUUAAAAUACAUUGGGAUAUAUGUAAUAGUUAUAAUUCAGCGUUAAAAUUUUAUGGGUUAACUAAAGAUCCGUUGGCUUACAGGUGUAUGAAUGCUAUUCCAAUUCAAAGACCUACGAUUAAUGAUUUAAGAGCUAUAUGGGUUUUUUGGUACAAUUCUAUUUAUUAUUAUGAGGGAUUCAAAAAUGAUAAAAAGUACGGAUAUUAUGGAAGGGAAAUAAAAAAAGCAUUUGAAGAAGCGGAUAAAGAGAUAGUAAAUAUAUCAACCUCAUAUAAAAAUAAUCCCGAUGCUAUUUAUACAAGUAGAGCUUUUACAUUCAAUAAUUUAGCAAAACCUACUAAUUCUUCUCUUAUUACUUCAUAUCUCAAGAAGGAUGAUGGAGAUUCUCAAAUAAUUGACUUGGAAUUUCUGGCACAAAAUAUAACUGACGAUUUAAAUUUAUGA